AUGGACGCCCCGUUUUGUGAAGCAGUAGGCGCUUUAAUGCACUUGAUGACCGCGACACGACCGGACAUUGCCUUUGCUGUGAGUUACGUCUCGCGCUUCAUGGAAAACUCCCAAGUCGAGCACUGGAUGGCGGUCAAGCGCAUUUUGCGAUACUUACAAGGGACUAAGUCGCACGGCAUCGGUUUCAAGUCUGAUGACAAGAUAGACUUCUGCGGCUACUCGGAUGCAGACUGGGCCGGCGACCAUGUAGACCGCAAGUCGACUUCGGGAUAUGCGCUCAUCCUGAUGGGUGCUCCGGUGAGCUGGGGAAGCAAAAAGCAGUCAAGUGUGUCGCUGUCAACAAGUGAAGCUGAGUGCAUUGCAUUAAGUCUGGCUAUUCAAGAAGGCAAGUGGGUGCAUCGAUUGCUGUGCGAUAUUCUGGAUGCCGCAGAGGACAAGUCUGGACCCGAGCUCAAGAUCAUGGAAGACAACCAGUCGUGCAUCAAGAUGACGAAGAAUCCUGUGAACCAUGGUCGGGCCAAGCACAUCGACACUUGUGGUCCAAUGGAAGUCGACUCGCUAGGUGGAAGCAAGUACUUGCUACUGACCGUAGAUGAAGGCAGCGGAUGCAUGAAGGGUUUCAUUCCGCGCGCCAAUUCCGACAGCGAAGAGUGCAUCAAGAAGUACAUCAUGGAAGUACAGACGCAGUUUGACUACAAGGUCAAGUUCGUUCGCCACGAUGGUGCACGCGAAUUUGCGGCAAAUUCGCUCAAGGCAUUUUACGAUGAUCAACGAAUCGAGCAGCAAGUUACCGUUCCAUAUGCGCAUCAGACCAACGGCACGGCGGAACGGGCAAUUCGGACCAUUGUGACGAUCGGGCGCAGCAUGCUUCACUACGCCAAGCUGGACAAGUUUUUUUGA